AUUCAAUUGAGGGGUUGAUAUAGAGUAUUUGUUUUGAUUGUUUUGAUAUUGGACGACGCUUCGAUAUUCGAUUCCUAUCAUCAAGAUGGCUAUCUACAAUUUUCACAUAUUUGAUGGCUCCGGUAAUUGUUUGUUUUCAUUAACACCAUCGGAUAAAUCGACAGAAAUUCUGUAUGGAUUCCUAUAUUCGUUGAAAUCAUUCGUACAACGUAUAUCGCCUUCAUUACAGAUGGAUAAUAAUUUUUUCUUCUAUCAAACAUCGGAUUAUAAUCUGGUAUUCUAUGAAUUUGCUACCAGCAUUAAAUUUGUAUUGAUAACAUCAUAUGAUAUGAAACGUGAUAGUCAAUUCUACCGUGAAAUGAUGAUACAAUUACACAAACGAGUCUAUGUUGAAUAUCAUGUGAAAAAUGCAAUCGCAUCCUGUAAAACAAUCGAUUCGCAAUUGUUUCGACAACAAUUGACCGCAUUCCUUGCACAAAACAUUAAACAACAAGUCUAACAACAUUUUUCAUUUUGUCAUUAUUUCAUUAUUCACUCUGAACAUUG